AUGUCUCGAAACGGCAUCACUCAACUUUCCAAAGUUUGUGUCUACUUUUGUGAUUGGGGUGGUUCUUCGAAAGGGAUGAGACAAUUUUUGGACCAAACAUCGGGAGCAUUCUGGGAAUUAGCCAAAGCAUCUCCUGAAGUAAAGUUUGUUGUCCAAUUACGUAGAGGAAAACAUCCCUUUAUGAAGGCCAUUUACAAGAAUGGAAGAGAACAUGCCCACGACUGCAAGAAUAUGGAUGCUAGUGAAAUUACUCAAAAACUCCACAACAUCAAAUCGCAAUGGGGUGAUAAAGCAAAGAAGAUUGGUGCUGGUAAAUUAACGAAAAAUCCUUCCGUACAAGGCUUGUACAUCCCACAAUUAUGGCUCAAGACUGCAAGUUUGGCCCGAUACAACAAACAAGUGGAUGAAGCCAACCAAUAA